AUGCCUGAAAGUAAAAAACAGAAAGCAAGAGGAGGAGGACUGGGUGCAAAUGUCCAAGGCAAGUGGAGCUUGAGGAAGGGCAGCAGCCGCUCAGCCAUCCCGGCACUCUUCACGAUCACUGAGGAAGAGGAGGGACACAAACGCAAGGACCCCAGCAGAAGGAGAAAGAGAGUCUCCUACAUUCAGUACAAAUCAGAAGAUGGCAGAUCGUCAGCAGGCACCCGGCCCGACUCCUCUGGCUCCGGACAAACCUACUCCCCCACCCUGACCCCUACCCCCACCCCGACCCCCACUGUCACCACCAGCAACAGCCCGUGCAACAACGCUGCCACCAAAACAGACUCCCUGCUCUUCAACAAGAUAGAUGAGAGGCUGAGGCUGGCCCGAGAGCGCAGAGAGGAGCGCGAAAAGCAAAAUGCGGUGAAGGAGGCCACAUGGCAGGCGCGGGAGGAGCGGGCACGGCAGCACUAUGAGAGACACCUGGAGGAGAAGAGGAAAAAACUCGAGGAGCAGAGGUUGAAGGAAGAGAAGAGGCGCGCUGCUGUGGAGGAGAAACGAAGGCAGAAAAUGGAGGAGGACAAGGCUCGUCAUGAAGCUGUGUUGCGACGAACUUUGGAGAGGAGUCAAAAAGUGCAACCAAAGGCCAACCGCUGGUCAUGGGGAGGGGCCCUGAGCACAAACGCAUCCACCACAGCACCUGAUUCUGACAGAAGAUCAGUGUCGACUAUGAAUUUGUCCAAACACACCGAUCCUGUUAUCACCAAGCGCCUCUCCUCAUCCUCCGCCACGCUCCUACACUCACCGGACAGAGGUUUACAGAUGAGAACUGCCUCCACUCCGGUCAUUAGCAAAGCUCAGUCCAAACCACGCCUCAGCCAAGGAAAGGGCCCUCAGCACAAAAGUAUGCGUCGCCUUCCCCUCACUCCAUGGGAAAGUAGCAUGGUGAACCGCCUGCAGCAGCCCACACACUCGUACCUGGCCCGCAGCCGCAGCGCUAUGAGCCUGUCCGGAGAUCAGACAGUGUCCUGUCACCCCAUGGGUUCAGUGUCCUUUAAGUCCAUCCAGUCCCAGCCCCCACCCCAAUGCCGCAGCCACGAACGCAGCCUCACCCGGGACAGUGCUCCCUCUUCUGCUCUACGGAGGAAAACAACUGGAACCCCACACACACAGCAAAAGGACCAUGAUGGCGUGCGAAAGUCCUGGACAAACCUGUCACUCCCUCUGGCACCUGUUCUCUCUCUACCUCCCAGAAAAUACCCCGCCACUCCAGCAAAGAAGAACAGUAAAGCCACUGCACCCUCUCCUGGCAGACAAUCACAAAAGUCACCAGGGCGGCCCCCAACCCCAAAGCAGCUCAAGUCUCCAGCAGCGGACGACCCUGGAAACAUGCGUCCAGUCAAAGUCUCACCGGACAGAGAGACCCAGUCCUCUCCUCUGAAUAGAGCCCAAGAGGAGGAGGAGGAGGAGGAGCAAGAACAGAAGGUCCUCAGCCCCUCACAGCCCAGACCACAGCCACUGGGUCAAAACAAGGCCAGCUCAGAGCCUGCAGAGCCCACACAAACCGAGAAUGUUGGCAGCCCUCCACCUCAGAAGACCAUGGCGGGCACCACAGAUCCUGAGGAGGCCAGCCGCAUUUUGUCUGAGAAAAGACGACAGGCUCGUGAACAGAGAGAGCGAGAGGAGGAGGAGCGCAGGCAGCAGGAAGAGCAGGCUCGAUUGGCCAAAGAGGAGAUGGCCCGUCGAAAGGCAGAGGAGAGAGCCCGCAGAGAAGAGGAGGCACAGCGUCAGGCGGAGGAGAAGAGAAAGAAAGAAGAAGAGGAGAGGAGGGAGGAGGAAGAGCGAUUAAAACGAGAGAGGGAAGAGGCAGAGAAGAUACAGAAACAGAAAGAGGAAGAGGAGUCUCGGCAAAGAGAGGAGGCUGAGCGACUUCGACAGGAACGCUUUCAGAAGGAAGAGGCUGAGCGGCUGGAAAGGAAGAAGCGCCUUGAGGAGAUAAUGAAGAGAACAAGACGCUCUGAAACGCCAGACAAGAAAGUCCUUCCUAACAGGAAUGGUGAUGGAGCAGUGGCUCCAGCUUCUCCAAGUGCAUCUGCAGUCACUGUAUCACCUGCUCAUCACAGUAAUGGCAACCAACAGUCUGACUCCAACCCAAAACUCACUGCACUGAGCAUAGCUGACCAGACAGAGAAUGGUGAGUUUGAAGAGGUGAUUGUACUGCCACAACAGUCCCGACUGUCCCCUCCAGAGGGACGGGAGACUGCUCCUGUGACCAUGUUCAAGGAGAACGGCCUGCUUAAGCCCCUGACUGGAGUGGAGGACAUAUCUGCACACCAAGGACCAGAUGUUUCUUGAUGCCAUCUUAAUUCAAGAGGAAUUAUCAUAUAAGACUUCAGUAGAGGCACAGUCAGAAACACAUGAAGCUGUUGGAUUGAAUCAAAAGACCUUCAGGUCCUUCUGGAGGUUGACUUUGUAGCUGCCAGAAUUGUACGGCAGCCAUUAUCCAAAGAUGCCAUCUCCAAAGAUCCUGAAAGCCUCUUCAGAAGUAAAUAAAACAGAAAAAGAAACUAACCUGGCCCUGAAAUCACAGGGGUGCACUGGACGCCCUUGUUUUGGCUGCAGUAGAGUUGUGUGUGAAUGAUGAAAGGAGUCUGAGUUUGCCAGCAAAACCAAACCUAGUUCAUAUGGCCUAUUUAUGUUAAAACAUUUCUGUUUGAAAUAUGAUUUGGCACAAGUGGUAUUAAAACAGACUAGUUGUGAAAUAUUUUUGCUGUUUAAACAGUGUUUAAUAUUAGGUUAUUUCAAUGUUAAAUAUAAAAUCAAUUAAUUAAAAACAAUGACAACUUUUCUCUGACAACUGAGAUAUGAAAAUAAUUUAUUUCAUGUUUAGUUUUUUUUAAUUUGAGUAAAACAUCAACCUGUCUUUUAGUACAUUUCUUGGACUUGUUUACCCUUUCUACUGAACCCCAAGUUGUACCGGUUUAUUUGGAAUGUGAUUACGGUAUCCAUAAAUUCAGAUGAUUGUUAAGAGCUGAAGAAUCAUUGCUGCUAAUCAAGACAUUCCUUUGCCUUAUAGCUUUCAAACUAUAAUGCAGCUGUGCAUACUGUAGUUUGCACUCACUCACUGCUCAUUCUCAUUUGUCACGCCAAUUGAUAUGAAUGUAAGAUGUCAUUGUCAUGUAUGUUGUGAAGCAGUUGACCAUAAACAUGGUUUCAGGAUAAAUGUGAAAUUGUUUCAUACCAAACGCACACCUGUUUUCCCAACGCUUUUGCACUUCGUACAGUACCACUGAAAUGACAAUAAAAGCUGGCUGUGCUUUGUUUUCAGGAGAUGAUAAAAAGCAAGUUGAUGAGAUAUUUUGAGACCUUGUAUUUCCCUAAAGCAAAAUAAGUAAGUAAUGGUAUACAGUGUAAAAUAUGUAUAUUUACUAUUAGUAAUAAUGAUGCCCAUUUCUCAAGCUGCUCUGUUCAUCUGUGUCAGCUAUAUUGUGCAGUACAACUGUACUUAUGCAAGGAAAU